AUGGCCGAAACUAUUCCAGCAACGAACGUGUCGGUCCCACAGCCGAUUCCGCAGCGCAAGAGCCGCCGACGGACGCUUUCCUCCUCGGCGUCGACCCGUCCUACCUUCGCUAGCCAGUAUUUAAUCGACUCGGCUCUUCUCGGCGAAGGGGCCUAUGGGAGUGUCUUUAAGUGCACCCACCGCAUCACGGAGCUCGACUAUGCCGUCAAGAUCAUCAAGAAACUCGGUCAGAGCGCGCGCAAGGUGAACCGCGAGAUCGAAGUCUACCACCAGUGCCGGGAGGCUGAAAAUAUUCUCCAUCUGGUGGAGCUCUUCGAGGACGAGAACAACUUCUAUCUCGUCUUUGAGCUCAUCCGCGGCGGAUCCCUUGAAGGCCGCAUCGCCGAAGUCUCCGACGGAGGUCGCAUGGAGGAGGAGCAAGUGAAGUGUUUGGUUCACGCAAUGGCGAGUGCUCUCGACUUCUUGCACAAGAAGGGUAUCGCGCAUCGGGACGUCAAGCCCGCCAACAUCUUGCUUCCUCAUCCAGAGUCGAUCGAGGGUGCUAAGUUGUGCGAUUUUGAUCUAGCUUCUCGAUCCAAGACCGACUAUCGUGGCGACUUGUGCAUGAGCUCUCCAGUUGGCUCAGCCGAGUUUAUGGCACCCGAAGUUGUGGCUGCAUUCACUGCAUGCGACGACGAGCGUGUACGAUACGAUAAGUCGUGCGAUAUCUGGAGUCUCGGCGUCAUGGCUUACUCGCUUCUUUCUGGCAAGCCACCAUUUGAGGGUUCCUGCGGCAAGAAUUGCGGCUGGGACGAAGGCGCCAGCUGCGAUGAUUGCAUGGAGCUCCUCUUCCAUGCCAUUCAAAAGGGAAAGUUGACCUUUCCCGAGAACCGAUGGCAGAUGAUCUCGCCAGAUGCGAAGCACCUCAUUUCUACCUGCCUGGCUAAGGACCCUUCGCGACGACCGAGCCCAACUCAGAUCUUGGCGAACCCAUGGUUCAAGGACGCUGUGCUCAAGAAGGCAAACAGCACCACCACUACCGACGGACUGCCCAACGACGUUGUCAUCAUUGCCUAA